ACAUUAUAAUACAAAAGACACCUGAACACCGCUUCAGCAAAGGAAAUUGUGAAUUUUUAGCUUAAAUUUCGAGCAAUCAGUAAACCACGAGAAAACACAAGGAGCGAUCUAUAGUUCUAUCAGUAUGGCUCAGGAAGGUCAACAACUACCCACAUUUAAGUGCGUUCUCGUCGGCGAUGGCGGCUGCGGAAAGACGACCUUCGUCAAGCGCCACAUGACCGGAGAGUUCGAAAAGAGGUACGUGGCCACAUUGGGCGUGGAGGUGCAUCCAUUGAUCUUCCACACAAGUCGCGGCGCCAUCCGCUUCAACGUGUGGGACACCGCUGGCCAGGAGAAGUUCGGUUUACUGCGCGACGGCUAUUACAUCCAGGGCCAGUGCGCCAUUAUAAUGUUCGACGUGACCUCGCGUAUAACAUACAAAAACGUUCCCACCUGGCAUCGCGAUCUGGUUCGCAUCUGCGAGAAUAUCCCGAUGGUCCUCUGCGGCAACAAAGUGGACGUCAAGUAUCGCAAGGUGAUGGCGAAAAGCAUACUCUUCCACCGCAAGAAGAACCUGCAGUAUUACGACAUCUCUGCCAAAUCGAACUACAACUUCGAAAAACCAUUCCUUUGGCUGGCGCGCAAGCUGGUUGGUGACCCCAACCUGGAGUUCGUAGCCAUGCCGGCCCUGCUGCCGCCCGAGGUCAAGAUGGACAAGGAUUGGCAGGCACAGAUCGAGCGGGACUUGAAGGAGGCUCAGGAGACCGCCCUGCCCGACGAGGACGAAGAUAUAUAGGACAAAUUAUUGGUAACUGGGAGAUAUGGCCGACCUACACACUCACCACACUCUUAUUUAUGGAAAUUCAUUGUUGUACUUUUGGGCGAGAAACUUUACGCAUUUCAAACU